AUGAUAUCUGCUGCCUGGGCCUGGGCGGCAGGCAACAAUCUUCUACGGAAGAAUGGAGUACACCUCGAAGAGGAAGCUCGUUUGGUUUUGAACGAGAAGUUUGAGUGCGCCGACCUCACCCAACACCAGACGGAGCUGGAUGGCACGAUCGAAAUGCAGGAUGAUUCGGGCUUCUUGCUGGGCUCAGACAUCCCGAACAUUGAUGCAACGGACGCCUCGAUUGUCAAUGGCCUUGCGGGCAGCUCCUCGGAUCCUGCAGGGCUACGCGAUCAGAUUGCGCAAGUCUUGAAUUCCAUGAAGUCGCUCUUCAAGGAUAUGACCCAGAAGCAAGCAGAGUGCAUCUCAAAGACACCAGACAAGCCGUGGUCUAUCAAAGCCGAUGGUGCCGCAUCCCCAAAAGGGGACAGGAAGAAGAAGUCCAGCAAGGAUAAGAAAGGUGCCAAAGACAAGCCCUCAAAGGGUUUGCUUGAGCAGGCCACGGGUAAUGAUGAUCAUGAUGAAGGUCCUGACUCCGACGAUCUGGAUGCUAUGGACAGCGAUUGCGACCUAGCGGAUGAGUUGCUGGUUGGCUUUGAAGCAGGGGCCUUCUUGGGUGGCAAUACAUUGGACGCGGUUGAAGCCUAUACGGCUUUGUUUUCUGACUACUGGGAGAAGUUCAGGCAUAUCCACCCGGCCUAUGAGGAUGGUGUGGAUGCAGCUUUGUUUCCAAUCGGGAUGUCCAAAUACAACCGUGUAGUCUUCCAAAAGACUAAGCUGACGUUCCGCCUUGUCGUCAUCGGCAUCAAAGGCGAUUGGCCUUAUCUCAGGAAAGCAAUGCAUCUUUCUACCGGGUUCACUUCAAGACGGGUCUGUCAUCUUUGUGAGCAGGACACUUGA